GACAGCUGCGUAUUCACACAGUUGCAUUCCUCCCUUAACUUGACUAGUAGGAGUUUCUUCUGCAAUGAGUGACUCGUUUGUCAUAGCGAUAGACUUUGGCACAGCAUAUAGUGGAUAUGCCUUUAAUAUCACAACCAAAAAUGAAAAAAGUGAUCCAUACUUUUCAAGGUGGGGAAAGGAGUAUGGAUUUGACACCCCAAAGACUCCAACCUGCAUUUUAUUUAAUGAAGAUGAAACAUUUCUGAGUUUUGGCUAUGAAGCCAAAAUUGCAUACAAGGAAAUGAGGAGAGAAGAAGCAGAGAAACAUUAUUUCUUUGAAAAUUUCAAGAUGGAACUCUACAACAAAGAACUCAGCAAUAAUCUGGAGAUUAAAGACGUCAUUGGAAAGUCUAUGAAGGCAUUGAAGGUUUUCUCAGAAUCUCUGGGAUUUCUUAAAGAAGAUGCACUCAGAACAAUCAACCGAAGCACAGGGGGCAUGAAGUUCAUUCCCUCUGACUUCACCUGGGUUCUGACGGUUCCUGCCAUCUGGAAUCCUUCAGCUAAACAGUUCAUGAGAAAAGCUGCAACUCAGGCAGGUAUUGUAACAGAAGGAGAUAAGGAAAAGCUGGUGAUGGCACUGGAACCAGAAGCAGCUUCAAUCUGGAGUAAGAAGCUUCCAUCAGAUGGUUUCAUCUCUGAGAAGCACAAUGAAGAGUCACUGGAUCAGUCUGCAGGGACUCAGUACAUCGUUGUUGACUGUGGAGGAGGAACUAUUGACAUCACUGUUCAUGAAGUCCUGGGUGGAGGAGCCCUGAAGGAGCUGCACAAGGUCUCUGGAAAUUAUCUGGGAGGACAAACUGUAGACAGAAAUUUUAAGCAGUUUCUCAGAGAGAUACUUCCUGAAGGAGUCUGGGAUCAAUUUGAACAAAACUCUCCCAGUGCCGCUCAGAGAAUUAUGUAUGAUUUUACCUACCUCAAACAAUAUGAUAAAGAUGUUCGGAUCACUUGCCCAUUCGCACUGGGAUCAUUAGCUAAAGAAAAAUCAGACACAGAAAACUUUGUUCAGUCAGAACUUGGUGCUUCCUGGGAUGGUGAGUUCAUCCAAAUCUCAAGAGACAAAAUGAAGUCUUUCUAUGAUGAAAGUCUGAAGGGCAUCACUGAGAAUCUCAAGGAAAUCUUUAACUGUGGUCUCAACAUCAAGUACAUUCUGUUAGUGGGUGGGUACGCUCAGAGUCAAAUUCUGCAGCAGCACAUUACUGACCAGUUUGGACAACAGUGUAAAGUUCUGUGUCCUUUCAGAGCUCAGGAGGCGAUUAUGAGAGGAGCUGUAGAGUUUGGUAGAAACCCAGAUGUUGUGGCUUCUCAGAAAAGUUCCUAUACUUAUGGAUUUUCUGUUUGUGAACAGUUUGAUGAGAGCAAACAUAAGGAAGAAAAGAAAUUUACAGCCAAAGGUGUGGUAUGGAGUCGAGAUAUUUUCAGGAAACUGGUGGAAGAAGAUGAAGAUCUUGGUUCAGAGGAUACCAGAGAGUUCUUAUGUCAUCCAGUAAAAGCCGAUCAGAAAGAGAUGGAACUGAAAUUUUACAACACACUCAGAAAAGAUCCGGUCUACAUAGAUGACUUUGGUGUAGAAAAGGUUGGUUCAUUCAUUGUAGACAUGACUGGAGGAGGUAAAGUCAAACUGAAUAUUAAGUUUGGCUCCACAGAGAUAAAAGCUACUGGGACCAACCUGACUACUGGAGAGAAAAAAAAAGUCAAAAUUGACUUCAUCGCCACAGAUUCAGAAGAUGAAGUUAGUAUUGGAUCCAGUUCUCACGCAGAAGAAUAUAUUUUAGAUGGUGCUGAUGAAACUUGAUGUGGCCAAGAGGUUUAUGCGCUAGAGUGAAUCAUCAUUGAAUCAAUAUAAGCAUUUUCCAAUGGUGUCAUUGAUUAUGUAAUAGAUGAAUCCUUGCCAUAUGGUGGUGGAAAGUAAUAGACAUACUCUCUGAGAUAAAUCAACAUUUGUAUGGAAGGGAUUAC